AUGACGUGCACACUUCUUCUCCGUUCAGAUGCGGCUGGCCCAUCAAAAGUUAUCCGUUCCAAAAAGUACUGGGAAGAUAAUGAUUAUUAUUCUUCCGAUGAGGACACAUUCAUUGAUCGUACAGGCCAAGUCGAGCGAAAACGCUUGGACCGAAUUCGGCAACUGGGUGUAGAAGGCGAAACGGCGGAGGAAGCAGCUGCUCGGGUAGCAUCAAUCGAAGCUGCUGGACGGGAGAAAAACAAUCAAAACGCUGCCGCGCUGCACAAUGCUUCAUUGAUUAAAGUGUUAGCCGAACUGGAGAAAAUUGGUGGUGAAAUAGUCGCAUUAGAAGACCAGCUUCGAGAAAUCGACGAAAAAUUUGCUCCUCGGAGCGAGCAACCGUCUGAAUUGGACGAAUUGGAGGCUUAUAUGGAUGCACUGAAAUCAGGUCUGCCGUCUCGUAAAGAACGCUUGAAAUUAAAAUCACGAUUGUUUACGUUGCGUCAGAUUGAGAUGCGUCUGUUCCAAAAAGCCGGUCUUCCACAUCCACGUCGUCGUAUUGUCGCUGCUGGCGGUGCUAUUGCACAUCGUAAUCGCUCGGUCACUGUAAAUCCUGACGUUCCAUUUGUUGCCGAAGAAGAUGACGAUGAGUGUGAUGACGAACCUACAGUCGAGAAAGCAUUGGAAAACAAACUUCCAGAAGAAUCAUCGGAAAAAUCUGACCUAACAAGUCAACCAGCAGAGUUUCCACCCCUGCGAACCGCGGAUACUGUUUCUUCCGAUCGUUUACAAAGUAAAUGUAUACAAACUGAACGGCCCCGUAAACCCCGAUUUACCGAAAUUAACAAUAAUGCGAACCCAGGAGAAUGUCCAGUAUCCGGUGAUACUGGUUCCUGUCUAACUGAUCCAAUCCACCUGCCCCAUGUUCCCACUGAUGAACCUCAAAAACACGAAAACCAUCCUAUCGCCGAGGUCAGCUCAGAUCCACUCAGUCCCCAUAAUGUGCCUCCUAUGGCUAGUCCCUCCGAGUCCGGUAUUCUGAAUAAGCGCAGAAAAACUUCUCAUCAACGAGCAGAUGUGUACGCGAUUGCCGAUCCCGAUUAUGUGACAUGGCUGCCUCCAUCAGAUCAACAGGGUGACGGUGUGACGGCUCUUAAUGCGAAAUACGGCUAUUAA